AUGAUUAAAGAAGAAGAAGAUAACUAUCUAGUCAACUAUCGUGCCCUUUUUAGUCAAUAUUUGGUGGAUGAAUACGCGAAAAUAGAAAAAGAGAGAUUAAAUUAUAUCAAAAAUAAUCAAGCCAAACUACGUGCUGAUAGUUACAUCUAUUUAAAAGAUGCUAUUGAACGACAAGACGUAGAAGCCAACCAACUAGGAUGGGUCCUUCCAUCAUCUUUUACGGGGGGACCUAGGUAUAUGCACGAAAGAACACAUGACGCUAUGACCUAUGUUAGGAAUUACGGCCGGCCUGAUCUUUUUAUCACUUUCACAUGCAAUCCUCGUUGGGACGAGAUAAAAGAGCAAUUGCUUCAAGGACAACAAUCUCAUGAUAGCCACGAUAUAAUUUCGAAGGUGUUUCGACUAAAGGUGAAAAAGAUCAUGAACUUAUUGAUAAAGGGCAAAAUAUUUGGUGAAGUGCGAUGCUAA